AUGGGGAGAGGCAUCCUUAACGCCGGGCCCUCCUCCUGGAUCGCCGCCGUGGCCACUGCCGCACCAGCAAGCUUCCGCGGCGCCCACGCCGUCCUCCUCACCUCCGGCCACCUCUCCUCCCGCGCCUCCGCCAACUCGCUCCUCCGCGCCGCCCCCUCCCCCUCCGCCUGCGCGCUCAUCCUCCGCCUCAUGCUGCUCCACCGCCUCCGACCCGACCACAUCUCCCUCUCCUUCUCCCUCCACUCCUGCGCCCGCGCCGUCGUCCCCACCACCACCACCCGCAACCCGCUCACCGCCCUCUUCCGCUCGCUCGCCCUCAGGCUUGGCCACGCCCGCGACGUCUACGUCGCCAACGCCGCCGUCUCCUCCUACUUCGCCGCCUCCGACGUCGCCUCCGCCGACCGCCUCUUCGCGGAGGUCUCCGACGACGUCGCCGACGUAGUCACCUGGACCACCAUGGUCACCGGCCACGCAAACGCCAGCAAUCUGGAGCAGGCGAGGCGCCUCUUCGACGCGAUGCCCGAGCGGAACGUCGUUUCCUGGAACGCGAUGCUGGGCGCGUACGCCAGCGCCGGGAUGCUGUCCGAGGCGCGGGAACUGUUCGACGCGAUGCCUGAAAGGAACGCCGCCACGUGGAGCUCUAUGCUCACUGGGCUCGUGCUGUCGGGACGCUGCGGGGAGGCGCUGAGGGUGUUCGCUGACAUGGUCCGCGGCGGCGCCGUGCCCAACGAGCCCGCGCUGGUUAGUGUGGUCUCGGCGUGCGCGCAGCUGCGGUCACUGGAGCACGGCGCGUGGGUGCACGCGUACGCCGAGCAGGAGCUGCAGGGGGCCAUGAGCGUCAUCCUCGCCUCCGCCAUCAUCGGCAUGUACGGGAAAUGUGGGGGUAUCCGCAGUGCCGUCAGGGUGUUUGCUGCGAUGCCCUUGAGGAACGUCUACUCCUGGAACGCCAUGAUCGCUGGGCUCGCGAUGAAUGGCGGCGAGAGACAAGCCUUGUCGCUCUUGUGGAAGAUGCAGAUGGCUGGUAUUCAACCGAAUGACAUAACUUUCAUCGGGUUGCUGAGCGCUUGCUCCCACUCUGGCCUUGUGAAUGAGGGCCGACGGUUGUUUGACAGUAUGAUCGAGGACUUCAGGAUACAACCAGUCCAACAACAUUACGGUCUUAUGGUUGAUUUGAUCGGCCGCUCUGGUCGUGUCAGGGAGGCGAUGUUUUUCAUCAAGAGCAUGCCUGUGGAACCUCACCCUGGCUUAUGGGGCGCACUAGCUAGCGCCUGCAAGAUGCAUGGUGAGGUGGAGCUUGGUGAGGAGGUUGCCAAGAAGCUCAUUGAACUGGAGCCUCGCCAUGGCAGCCGAUACAUCCUCCUGUCAAACUUGUAUGGCUCUGCGAAUAGAUGGGAUGACAUGGCCUUUGUGCGCAAGAUCCUCAAAAGGCGCAAGGUGCCCAAGGGCACUGGCAAUGCAGUGAACUGUGACCUCGUUCUAGUUUAUAAUAUGGUGACUGACCUGACUGUUUGCCUCUUUCUUGCUUGGUUCCUCCAAACAAGAGACUUCGUGCUCAGGAGCAGUGAGCUCGCCACGCUCGCUGCCAUCUUCCACUUCAGUGGCACCAAACCAAGCUACCUUGGCGUUCAGAAGAGUCCUCCAUCCCUUGCUCUGUGCCCUGCAACCAAUAACUGUGUUUCGACAUCAGAGGAAAUAAGUGAUUCGAAUCACUAUGCUCCCCCAUGGAACUACAAUCCCAAGGAUGGCCGGAGGGGUAAACCCAUAACCAAAGAGGAGGCCAUGAAAGAACUAAUUGAAGUCGUCACGAAGACAAAGCCAGACAACUUCACUCCUCACAUUGUAGAUAAAACAGAUGAUUACAUCCGAGUUGAAUAUGGGAGCCCUAUAUUUGGGUUUGUAGAUGACGUGGAGUUCUGGUUCCCUCCUGGCAACAAACCACUCGUUCAGUAUAGGUCGGCAUCUCGAUCAGGAUUUAUCGACUUCAAUGCCAAUAAGAAGAGAGUAAAGGAGCUGAGAUUGGCUUUGGAAAAGAAGGGCUGGGCUUCGGAAAGCAACUUUUGA